GUUUUGUUUUAUAUUAAUGGAAUGUGCCAUGUUUCCCCUCCUUCAAUUAUCACUCCCAUAUGAUCAAAUUGGGUAACGUAACAAUCUCGUGUGUUCAUCUAUAUACAAGAACAAAGCAUUUCUUUCUUGAAGACCGAAACUCAAUCGUGUCACGAUACACCGGAGCUUCACAAGUAGUGGGGUCUCAAGCCAAUACACCAUCAUCUUUCUUUGGAAACGGGAGAAUGGAUGAGUUCAAUACAGAAAGAUCAAAGGCAUGGAACAUGUACACGGAUUCGCCACAUAGCCCGCCUCAAACAGGAGGUGAUGGUGAAGGCCCAUGGAAGAACUUUGGGACAUCAAUGAAUGCAAUUUCUUUUGGUUUUGUUGCUACCGCAGUUUUAAUAUCAAUGUUUCUUAUAAUGGCAAUAUUCGAACAUCUUUUUAGACCAAAUGCUUCAUUCCCUUUGCCUCAACAUGGCACCAGUCACUCUCUUCAUGAGGACUCUAGGCCUAUGCAAAAACUUGCAGGUCCACAAUCACAUGUACAAGCGGCUUAUGCAUCGGAUUUUUCGGUAUUGAUGCCGGGGCAUCAAUACCCUACCUACAUUGCACAUUCAGCACCUCUACCUUGCUCAAGGGAAGGAGCGCAAUGGCCUUCUCAUCAACAACAUAAUUAUGUAUUUCCUCCGUAGAAAUUAUUUUGUUUAAUAAAUACUUGUACAUAAGGUGAACUUCUCUUAUGAGAAAAUACAAUACUUUCCUUGAUUCAACUUUCUUCGGUGUCAAAGGGCAACCAUUUUCUCAUGAAUAUUUCAUGAAACACUAGAGUUUGGCUCAUUAAUUAGGAAUGUUUCAUGGUUGUUUUACAUCAUAG